AACCUAAACAAAUUAUAUGAAAAUACAUAUACAAAUUCAAAUACAUUCACAUACACAUACACACAUAUUUGUGUGUAUGAACAACUGAAAGGCGCACAAAAUUUACGACGACUGCGUCGAGGCGUCGGCGACUCCAGUUCGGACGCUGUCGCCACAUUCCAUGACCGGCAUGCUGGAGGCGCUUUGAUGGUUCUUGCAUACAAAUGACGAAUUAUGAGAAUCUUAUAAAUUUGCCAUUAAAUUUUAAUGCAAAUAAUCAUGCAAAUAAUAAUGAGAACAAUGGCAAAAUUGCUGUUGGCGAGCAGCUAUUGAAUAAAAUGUCGCAGCGGGAUUUCUCCGAGAACGAACCGGAAUGCACGCCGGAGCUGCCCGCCGCGAAUCGCGCGCUCUUCCUGGAGAAGGUGCGUCAAUCGAAUGCUGCCUGCCAGAGCGGCGAUUUUGCCACCGCUGUGCUGCUCUAUACGGACGCACUGCAACUGGAUCCGGGCAAUCACAUACUGUACAGCAAUCGGUCGGCGGCACGACUCAAGCAGGGCCAGUUUGCGGCGGCGCUGCAGGAUGCGACACAGGCGCGCGAGCUGUGCCCCCAGUGGCCCAAGGCAUACUUUCGCCAAGGCGUCGCCCUGCAGUGCUUGGGCCGGUACGGUGAGGCGCUGGCUUCCUUUGCCGCCGGCCUGGCCCAGGAGCCCAGCCAUAAGCAGCUGCUGGCUGGCCUCGUCGAGGCCUCACUGAAGAGUCCGCUGCGAGCGGCUCUCGAGCCAACGCUGCAGCAGCUGCGCGCCAUGCAGCUGCACGAGUCACCGUUUGUGGUCAGCUCCGUGGUGGGUCAGGAGCUGCUGCAGGCCUCACAGUAUCAGGCGGCUGUCGCCGUGCUGGAGGCUGCACUGCGCAUUGGCAGCUGCUCGCUAAAGCUGCGCGGCUCCGUCUUCAGUGCGCUCAGCUCGGCGCAUUGGGCGCUCAAUCAGCUGGACCAGGCGAUUGGCUAUAUGCAGCAAGAUUUGGCCGUGGCCAAGUCGCUGGGCGACACGGCCGGCGAGUGUCGCGCCCAUGGCAAUCUCGGCUCCGCCUACUUCAGUCAAGGAGCCUACAAGGAGGCGCUGACCGCGCAUCGCUACCAACUGGUGCUGGCCAUGAAAUGCAAGGACACACAGGCAGCCGCCUCGGCGCUAACAUCGCUCGGCCAUGUGUACACCGCCAGCGGUGACUAUCCCAAUGCCCUGGCUUCGCACAAGCAGUGCGUGCAGCUUUUCAAGCAGCUCGGCGAUCGGCUGCAGGAGGCCCGCGAAAUUGGCAACGUGGGCGCCGUCUAUUUGGCGUUGGGUGAGUGCGAGGCGGCCCUGGAUUGCCACACGCAGCAUCUGCGUCUGGCGCGCAAGCUGCACGAUCAGGUCGAGGAGGCACGCGCCUAUUCCAAUCUGGGCUCCGCCCAUCAUCAGCGACGUCAGUUCGGCCAGGCGGCCGCCUGUCAUGAGCAGGUGCUGCGCAUUGCCCAGACACUGGGCGAUCGCAGCAUCGAGGCGCGCGCCUAUGCGGGCCUGGGCCAUGCGGCGCGCUGUGCCGGCGAUGCGGCCGCCUCCAAGCGCUGGCACGAACGCCAGCUGGCCAUGGCGCUGGCGGCGCGCGACAAGCUCGGCGAGGGACGCGCCUGCUCCAAUCUGGGAAUUGUGUACCAGCUGUUGGGCGCCCACGAUGCGGCGCUGAAGUUGCACCAGGCGCAUCUGGGAAUUGCGCGCGCCCUGGGCGACCGGGCGGGCAUGGGACGUGCCUACGGCAAUAUGGGCAAUGCCCAUGCCGCUGCCGGGGCCUACGAGGCGGCCGUCAAAUAUCACAAACAGGAGCUGGCCAUCAGCCAGGCGGUGAACGAUCGCAGCGCCGAGGCCGCCACGCAUGGCAAUCUGGCUGUGGCCUACCAGGCACUGGGCGCCCACGAUGCCGCACUGGCGCACUAUCGCGCCCAUCUGGCAACCGCCAGAUCGUUGAAAGAUGCGGCGGGCGAGGCGUGCGCGCUGCUCAAUUUGGGCAACUGUCUCAGCGCCCGGCAGCUGUACGGCGAAGCGGUGCCGCAUUAUGAGAGCUAUCUGAUGCUCGCCCAAGAGCUGGGCGACGUGGCCGCCGAGGGCAAGGCGUGCCAUCUGCUGGGCUAUGCACACUAUUGUUUGGGCAAUUAUCGCGCUGCCGUGCGCUACUACGAUCAGGAUCUGGCGCUGGCCAAGGACGCACAGCAUCGGCCGCAUAUGGGACGCGCCUAUUGCAAUCUGGGCCUGGCCCAUCUGGCAUUGGGUCACACUGCCGCCGCGCUGGAGUGCCAGCAGCUCUUUCUGGCCGUGGCGCAUGCGACGGGCCAGCUGCCGGCCAAGUUUCGGGCGCUGGGCAACAUCGGCGACAUACUCAUCCGCACGGGCGCCCACGAGGAGGCCAUUAAGCUGUUUCAACGCCAGCUGGUGCUGGCCAGGGCGGCCGGUGAGCGGGCUAUGGAAGCGGCCGCCUGUGGGGCAUUGGGCCUGGCGCAUCGACUGCUGCGGCGCUGGGAUAAGGCGCUGGGGCAUCACACGCAGGAGCUGACACUGCGCCAGGAGCUGGGCGAUCUGGCUGGCGAGUGUCGGGCCCAUGGCCAUUUGGGCGCGGUGCAUAUGGCGCUGUGCAGCUGGACGCAUGCGGUCAAAUGCUAUCAGGAGCAAUUGGAGCGCGCCCAGGAGCAGCGAGACGCGGCCGUAGAGGCGCAGGCGCACGGUAAUCUCGGCAUUGCCCGGCUCAAUAUGGCGCACUACGAGGCUGCGAUUGGCUGCCUGGAGGCCCAGCUGGGCACAUUGGAGCGCGUCUCACUGCCCUCGACGCAAGCGGAUCGCGCCCGUGCACUGGGACAUCUGGGCGAUUGCUAUGCCGCCUUGGGCGACUAUGAGGAGGCACUGAAGUGCCACGAACGGCAACUGCAGCUGGCGCUGGGCCUAGCCAGCCAUCGGGAUCAGGAGCGCGCCUAUCGUGGCCUGGGCCAGGCGCGACGUGCCCUCGGUCAGCUGGCGGCGGCGCUGGUCUGCCUGGAGAAGCGGCUGGUCGUCGCCCACGAGCUGCACAGUGCCGAGGUCAAGGCGCUGGCCUAUGGUGAUUUGGGUCAUGUGCACGCCGCGCUGGGCAAUCACGCCCAGGCGCUCAACUGUCUGGAGCAUCAGCGGGAACUGGCACGCGGCCUGCAGGAUCGCGCCCUCGAAUCGGAUGCGAUGUGUGCACUGGGCCAGGUGCAGCAGCGCAUGGGCCAUCAUGCCGAGGCGCUCCAGCUGCACGAACAGGAUCUGCAGCUCUGCACGGAGCUGUCGGCGCCGGCACUGCAAGCACGCGCCGUUGGCAAUCUGGGCGCCGUCCACGAGGCGUUGGGUCAGCAGCAGGAGGCGCUCAAAUGCUACGAACGUCAGCUGGCGCUCAGCACCGACCGGCUAGGCAAGGCACUGGCCUGCGGUGCCCUGGGUCGUGUGCAUCAUCAGCUGGAGCAGCACGCACAGGCGGUGGAGUAUUUGCGUCAGGGCUUGGCCAGCGCUCAGUCCAUUGGCAAGUCCGAGGAGGAGGCCAAGAUAAGACAUCAACUGGGUCUUGCUCUGCGCUCCUCUGGCGACGCUGAGGGCGCUCGCAUACAACUCGAAACGGCUGCUCAGCUGCUGGAGUCGGUGCGCCAGGAACAGCGUAGUCCGGAAGCGCGCCUGGCUCUAUACGAGCUGCAGACCAGCUGCUAUCAUCUGCUCCAGCAGCUGCUGGUCGCUCUGCAGCGCAGCGAGGAUGCGCUCGUCGCCGCGGAGCGUUGCAAGGCGCGCAGUGGCGCCGAUGCUACUGCCGGCGAUUUCAAGGGCACAGCAACAACAUCAACAUCAGCAACAGGAACAACAACAACAACAACGGGAGGAACACUGGCGGACAUUGAGGCCAUACUGGAGGCAGUGAAUCGCGGCCGAAUGCCCGUGCUCUACUACAGUCUGGCCGGCGAGCAGCUCUACGCCUGGCUGCUGCAGCCGCAGUCGGGCAUUGUGCGCUUCCAUGCGGCGCGCAUUGAUCCGCAAACCCUGCAGCUGCCGCUGUCGCUCAGCGAGUGCCACGAGGAGGAGGAGGAGGAGGAGCAGCAGCAGCUGCACUCGCAGCAGUGCGAGAGUGAACCUGAACCAACUGGUCAUGUGCUGCUGGAGCGCUAUGUCAAUAUGGUGCGCGAUAAUCUUGGCGUCAACUCACAGAAUCUGCUGCACGAGGGCGAUGGCAGCGGCUGGCGGGCAAGCAGCGAGCAGCUGCUGGAGGAUCUGCCCGGCGCUGGCGCCGGUGGCGGCGGCUUUUUGCGCAUGGUCAGCCGCAAUCAGCUGUUGAACUCAUCGAACUACUCGCUCAGCUCGCUCUUCUCAUUGGGCUCCGUGGCCAGCCUGCAGGGCUCUACACGUUCCGUGGGCAGUCGCAGUUCGCGCCGGGCGCCAGCUCCACCUGCCUGGCGUGGACCCGCCUGCCUGCACACGCUCUACAAUCUGCUGCUGGCGCCAUUCGAUGAUCUGCUGCCCAGCGGCGCCAGCGUCUCGCGGCAGGGUCGACGAGAGCUCAUCCUGGUGUUGGAUAGUGCCCUCUAUCUUGUGCCAUUUGCCAUAUUGCGUGCAGCCGGAGACGAUGGCGAGUAUCUAUCGGAGCGCUGUGCACUGCUAACGGCGCCCUCGCUCCAGGCACUGCGGGGCCGCUCGAGGAGUCGUCGGGAUCGCGGACGCCCACCCACAGCCUUGGUAGUCGGUGGACCGCGUGUGCCAGCCGCUCUCGCCGAGCGCUGGGGCUGGGCAGCCGCUGAAUCGCCGGCGGCAUUGCAGGAGGCCGCCAUGGUAGCGGACAUGCUGCAGGCGAAUGCCUUGGCUGGCUGCAAUGCCACCAAGGAAUCGGUGCUGGCCGAGCUGCCUGGGGCGGAGUGUGUGCACUUUGCCGCGAAUCUCAGCUGGAAGCUCGGCGCCGUGGUGCUCAGUCCGGGCGAUGUGGUCACCGCCGAGCAGCAGCAACAAAAGGAGCCCCACGAGCCACAACUAUCCGACUUCACGCUGGCCGCCGCGGAGCUGCGUCAGCUGCGACUCGGCGCACGCCUCGUCGUCCUCAGCUCCUAUCACUCGGUGGAGCCCAUAACGGGCAGCGGCGUUGCCCAACUGGCCGGCGGCUGGCUGUUAGCCGGCGCCGGCGCGGUGCUCAUCUCGCUCUGGCCCGUGCCGGAGACGGCAGCCAAAAUUCUAUUACGCGCCUUCUACUCGGCCCUGCUGCAAGGUGCACGGGCGGCACGCGCCCUGGCGGAGGCCAUGCAAACGGUGCAGCACACAAAGCAUUUUGCCCAUCCCGCCAACUGGGCUGGCUUCCUGCUCGUUGGCGCCAAUGUGCGGCUAUCGAACAAGGUGGCACUGCUGGCCCAUGCGCUGUGCGAGCUGCUGCGGACGCCGGAGCGUUGUCGGGAUGCGCUGCGCGUGUGCCUGCAUCUGGUGGAGAAAAGUCUGCAGCGGAUACAUCGCGGCCAGAAGAACGCCAUGUAUACGACCCAGCAGAGCAUUGAGAACAAGGCCGGACCUGUGGCUGGCUGGAAGGAUCUGCUGAUGGCAGUGGGCUUUCGCUUUGAGCCGGCUGCGAAUGGUAUACCCUCGAGUGUAUUUUUCCCUCAAACCGAUCCCGAGGAACGUCUAUCGCAGUGCUCGGCCAGCCUGCAGGCGCUGCUGGCACUGACGCCCGCCACGCUCCAGGCGCUUGCCAAGCUGGUGAACAGUGCGGAGCAUGCGGACGAUAUAAUCGCAGUGGUGCGCAACAUAUUGGCCCAGUUCCCCGCCAAGCCGGAGGCUGAGGCCUGCAUCGAGAUGCCGUUGAGCGUGCGCCUCUGGCGCGUCGCCGGCUGCCAUGAGCUGUUGGCCUCCGUUGGCUUCGAUCUGACUGAGGUGGGCGCGGAUCAAGUGAUACUACGCACCGGGAAGCAGGCCAAUCGCCGACACUGUCAGUUUGUGCUGCAAGCGCUGCUCGCGCUCUUUGACACGCACGAGGCGCCGAAGAGCCUAAGCCUCGACUCUGCGGCACACAGCAGCAGCAGCAGCUGCGAAUCUCUGGCCGAGCCCGAUUUGGAUGCCACUCCUGUGCAGCCGGCUGCCAGCAGCGGCAACUCCACAGCCGCGACAGCUGCAAAUUGCACACAAUCGCCUCCGCUAGCGCUGCAUCCGCGCAGCGCCUUCAUUUCGUACGUGCGUCGUCGUGGCGAACCCGACGGCGGCGGCGGCCUCGACUCCAGCCUGGCCAACACCACGGACAGCGAGCACUCCCUCUCCGAUGGCUAUGCCACACAGGCGGGCAGCGGUCAGCCGGCUCCGCGCCUAGGCUACGCCAGCCUGCGUGGCCCGGUGCGUGUCUCCCGGCCUGGUGGUGGCGGCGAGAGUGAUGCGGCAUUCACGCCCAGCCCACCGGUUACCGAUCCCAGCCUGUCGCUGGCACUGGCCCACCAGACGCGCAUACGCUGCCUCUACGCGCAGCCGGGCACAGUGGCCUCCUCGGUGGCGCCAACGGCAAACACUGGGCGACGGCCCGAUAGCUCCAGCUCGGCCAGCAGCACGACAACAGAUUGGGAGGGCUCCGGCCAUGCGACUGUGCUGCGACGUGGAGCAGCGGCCGGCGCUCAGCAGCAGCAACUGCAGCAGGCGCAACAGCAGCAACAGCCGCCGCUACCGCCACCCCGUCCGCCUGUCUAUCACAAUUUGGGCGCGGGCGGACGCAGCAAGCCGAAGAUAAAGCUGGGCAGCGCACAGAGCUCACUGGCGGCACGGGUCAACAAAGAGCAUGCCCUCUUCAUGGACAGACUGAGCGUGCGCACGGAACUAAACGCGCCAGCGUCAGCGAAUGGAUCAGCAACGGGCGCUGGCCCUGCUGCCGGCGUGGCCAGUGGAGGGCAACGCAAGGCGCUGACAUUGACGGAGGAGGAGGCGGCUGCCAGUGUGACCUUCAAUCCGGCCAGCCUUUACUUCUCGCCGGCAGACAGCGAGCUGUUGGGCGAGCCCAAACAGCCGCUGGAGGAGACGCCGGUUAAGCCGAGCGUCAAGUGCAUACAGGACAGCAUAAUGCGGCACAUGAACCGCGAACUGACGCCCAGCAUCUCGGAGCUGUACCAUGAGCGCAGUCUGGGCCUGGGUCUGGCGCCGCCGCUCUCCAAGCUGCUGCUCAGUCCCAACUACGAGGAGCAGGAGGUGACCGCCAUGGGCGAGAACAGCACAUCGUCCGGGCCGGGAAAUGCGGCUGCUAUUAAGACGCUCGUCGAUGCUGUCAACGAGCUGGAGCUUAGCGGCAGCUCCUCCGGCGCCACCAUACCAACUGUGGUCGGCGGUGAACCAGAAACCAACCACACAGUCUCUAAUCCUGUCGUCAGCGAACCGAUCUGCUCCAUUUGCGGCGAGCACGCGGAUGUCGUCUGCCGCUGCAAGGCGGCCACCAUCCAGAAAAAGGCCACACUUAAGCCCUGGCUGAGCAAUGUGCCCGCCAGCAGCCUGGUCCAGGCCAGCGAGCUGACCACAGCGGAUAUACUGGAGCGACGCCUGGAGACUGCGCUCCCCAGUGCACCCUUUGCGGCCGAGCUGUGUCGCCGCGACGAGGGCGACGGACGAUCCGUGGCCGACUCGCAAUGCAGCAGCAACUACAAGCGGGUGCUGGCCACCGCGGGCGCCGUUAGCCUGGUGGUUGGCAUUGGUGCUGCUGAUUCGGAGGCGCAGAAUGCCACAUCCGCAGCCACAUGCUCGGCCGCUCGUCUUGUCUAGACAGUAACCAAGCGCCCAGCUCGCCC